AUGGAUCGGAUCGUCGGCAGCAAAUAUAAGCUUGGACGAAAGAUCGGGAGCGGAUCGUUUGGGGAGAUCUAUCUAGGUGCGAUCUGCGUACUCUGGUCGGAAUUGUGUCCUCUGAUGUAUUUUUCUGUGGCCACUGACGACAAGUUUCGUCCCUUACAGCCACUCAUGUGGACACCUUUGAGACCGUCGCUGUAAAGAUCGUAAGGCUCCCUUGCCACCCAUUAUGUGUGAUUUUUUUUUUUGCUCUUGGUCGCUAAACUUUCCGUCGUGGGGUUGAGCGUUUCUGGGAGGUUGCUGCGUGUCGACGUUUAUCGUUCUUUAGUCCCCUUCAAUUAUAUGCGUCUGCGAAAUGAUGUUAGUUGCAGCUCAUUGUGAUACAUUCGCUGCAGUUCCUAAGAUCCUGUUUCAGGGUUCUGUUCCGUGUGCCUGACCUGUUCUUAAUUGGAAAAUGUCUCGCACGUUUUUGAAAGUGUUAAUUUUUUACACUUCUCCACUUUUUGAUUUAGCACUUUUGGGCAGGUCUUUUUUGAUUUCUCAAGAUUGUGGAUUUUUUCCAUGUUAUGAUGAUGAGGUAUCUUUUGCCCGUGUAAUUGCGUUAUUUACGGAUGGAAGCUACCUGGUCUUGGUGUAGUAUGUAUUCUCUCUAGGGUUUCCUGUUUAAAUGUGCAAAAACUCAUUUAUUUAUGCUUCUCCACCUUUCCAUUACGGAAAUUUCAAUUUUUCAUAACGAAGAACCUUGAUAGACAUCUUUGCAUUGUUCUUUUAUAGGAAACCAGCAAGACCAAACAUCCCCAGUUGUUUUAUGAGGCGAAGGUCUAUAAAGCUCUUCAAGGAGAAGGUACGUGUAUCUUUUUUUUUUAACAUGAUUAUUGUUAAUGGUCGUUACACAAUUCUCUUUUCUUUGGUUCAGCUGGUCUUGCAAACAUCAGGUGGUGUGGAAAAAAUGGGGAAGACAAUGUCCUUGUUCUUGACUUGCUUGGGCCUAGCCUUGAAGACCUCUUUGUUUAUUGUGGAAGGAAGUUUUCACUGAAGACGGUCUUGAUGUUGGCUGACCAGAUGGUAAGAUAUUUUUGUACGUUAACUUCUGGAAUCUUUUUCAUUGUGCACCUUCAAAUCUUAUGGUCAGAAUUUUUAAGUAAUAUAUUAUUCUCUGUCUUGUUGUCCAUCACAGUUACUUUGAUAGAUAACGUUCUCAAGUGGUUCUUAUUUUCCUAAAAGCAUUAAACGUCAAGCCUUUUUUGCCUGUUUUUUUUCCAGAUUCUUGACUGUUAUUUUUUUCCUUUGCUCAAUUCACCUUGUGGCAGGCGUGUGUUUAGAGACAUCUCUUUUGUUUUGUCUAUAUCGUGGUUAAAUUCUAGGUUAAUGGAUCCAAUAAGAGAGAAUAAUCGUGAAGAAUGAAGUUGUUGCUUUUUGGAUGAUUGCCUUCAGAUCACCAGAAUUGAGUAUGUUCAUGCGAAAGGAUUUUUGCAUCGGGACAUCAAGCCAGAUAACUUUCUCAUGGGUCUUGGUCGGAAAGCAAACCAGGUAAAGAUCUCAAUUUAAUAUUUCUUUUUGGUCUCAACGUGUUCAAUUUAAUGCUCCUAAAUGGAUUGAAUUCUCCAGGUGUAUAUCAUUGAUUUUGGACUUUCCAAAAGAUAUCGUGAGCCUAGCAACCGGCACAUUCCAUACAGGUAACUUCAUAAAAAAUCUGAGCUUGCUUCAGGACAGUUGGUUAAGUUGUUUUGGGAAAACAUUUGAAUUUGGUCCCUUGAAGCCAUUUUCACAGGUUGAGAAGUCAAGCAGAUCUUUAUAUUUGAUGCUCAUUCCAUAUGCUUUUGCUAAGAAUUAAUUAGAAAACGCAAUGUAAACUUGUAUUGCUCUAAUUUUAUUUUCUUUUUGCCUCAUUCAGAGAGAACAAAAGCUUAAUUGGUACUGCACGUUAUGCUAGUUGCAAUACUCAUCUUGGUAUUGGUAGGUCAUCUUCCAAACAAUAACUAUUUAGUCUUUGAUUGGAAUGCUCCACAUUUUUACCAGAAAAAUCUAUUUCAUUUGGUCUCUGUUUUUUCUUUUCUUCAGAGCAAAGCCGGCGGGAUGAUUUAGAAUCACUUGGCUAUGUCUUAUUGUACUUUCUGCGAGGGAGGUAUAGCAUUUGGUUAUAAUUUCAUUUUUUAUGGUAUUUUUCUACGUCAUUCAUUCUUUUCACUUGAUUUUGGGGAACAUUUUUUUUCUUCUCCAAAAUUUUGUCAAACAUGCGCUGGUGCUUGUUCUCCCUUUUUGCCUCGGCUUGAAAGACUAACAAUCAUGAUUUUUUGGUGAUAUGUUGGUUACUAAUGAACGUGUUGUUGCUAUGUAAUGGAUCAUUAGCCCUGUUGCUACUCAUUUUGUAGUUUACUUAGGAGAUUGCCUGGAUAUCUGAUGACAUUAGUUGUGACGAUCACCCAUUUUGUUAAUAUGGAUGAGGAAUGGUUUCUGUUUCGAGGAGAAUGUACUAUUCUGCAUGAUGAAGUUGGUCCACAAUCCCAUUGUCCAGCGGUUUAUAGCACAAGGACUUCUGCAGCUACAAUUUUUUGUUAAAUUCAACGAGUGUCGGACUGAUAGAUCCACUGUCUACAAAAUUCGGUUUGGCAUGGUUUGGCAUCAUGUUUGAACCUAUCCACCUCAAUUUUUAUUUGGUUCAUCGUAAACUAUAAAGUAAGAACGUUUGGAGGUGGAUAAAUUUUUUCAUUGUAGCAGUAUACAUCAUUUAUCCCUGUGAUAUAUAAUUUUUUUUUGGAUUAUUGGUCUGAAAAUUUUCUCUUUGAGAAUUCCCAGGCGACAACUUUUCUUCAUCUUUUAUUGCUCCGUGCAGUCUUCCAUGGCAAGGCCUAAAGGCUGCCAACAAAAAGCAAAAGUAUGAGAAAAUUUGUGAGAAGAAACUUUCAACCCCAAUUGAGGUGUGUAUUAUCAAGUUUGCUGUUCCCAUAUUCAAUUGUUUAAAAUACGCAAAUGUCGGUCUGCUACUGAAAGACCAAUUUUCUUACAGGUUUUAUGCAAAUCACAUCCAGUCGAAUUCGCGUCAUACUUCCACUAUUGUCAUUCACUGACUUUUGACCAGCGACCUGAUUACGGGUUUUUAAAACGAUUGUUCAAGGAGUUGUUUAUUCGUGAAGGUAUCAACUACCAAAAGUACAAUUUUGUGUUUUAUGCUUGUGGUCCGUGACUUAUCUAUAUAUAAUUAAUGCCUGACUUUUCCCCAAAGACUCAAUAGUAGUGUUUCCUUUGAUGUAGCUCAUAACUUUGCUGAUGGAAUGUGUUAAUUUCUAUUGGAUGCAGGACAUGAGCCUAAUUACGUCUUUGAUUGGACCAUUUUAAAAUACAACCAAGCUCAGAAAGUAAAGCCACAGCUUCAGCCACGACCUGAAAGUCAGCCUCAAGCUCUGUUUUCUGUUAGUAUUCUGUCCAUGGUCAGCCAUAUGAAGUAUUGAUUAGUUCAGAAUUUCUGUUGUAAAUUUGUACACAUGGGGAUUUUGAUUGUUCAAUGGGUGAUUUUCAGUUCGUUUAAAUUUCUCCUGUUUGACUAACAGACUUAAUGGGGUAACCAAUAUCAAUUGGUGCUUAAUUUUGGAUGUUUCUAUGGAGGUAGUACGAAAGUUCCAUCUGUAGCCCUUCUGACUUUUGAUGGGUAAAUUGCAGCCAGAGGCGGAAAGCAGGCCAAUGCCAAUGGAUGUUGAUAAGCAUCAAGGUGGUGUUCAAUCUCGUGUAAUAUUUUCUGCAUCAAGUUGCACAUUUAGUUCUAUCUGAAAGUGCUAGAAUAGUUUUUUGCUAAAAUAAUUUUCUUGUUACGGAACAGGCUUUCACAUGGUGCUAGGAAAAUGAGCUAACAAAUGUUAAUUCUUCUCUUUUGUAUAAAUAAAAUCAUAUUCUGAAUCAUAACAUUACCUCAAGAUAGGAAGUGGGAUUUUUAUUGAAUAAAAUUAAUAUUUCCUUGUUAAUUUAUAUGAUUCGUAUUUAUCGUCUCGUUUUUUUCUAGAAAACAGAUUUCUGUUUAACUAUGCUUUUGGGAAAAGUAUUCCUUGCAUCAGAUUAGCGCUUGACAAAUUAAAAUGUGCUUAUACUAAUAUCACAUUUAGUCAAUCAGCAAGCAGAACAUUGGCAUUAAACUCAGUAUUGUUCUCGUUGCUAGCAGAAACGAUGCAAUUCUGGGUUUUGUGUUACUAUCUGAGAACGUGUGGUAUCUAUCUGAUAUUACGUAAACAUGGUUCUUCUUAUGCAGUAGAAGUAAGAGAGCAUCCUGGAUCCAGUACUGCCGUUCAACUUGGCAGACGGAUGCAAUUCAGGUCUAGAGCAGAUGAGAACACUCAUGGCAGCCACCAUCAUGAAAAAGCGGUUUGUUGUCCAAUACCAUAAAAUAGAUAUUUAUGUCUCUUCUUCAAGUGGAAUCCUGUUUUUAGAACUUUUUGAAUCACCUUGUUUAAAACUUCUUCAUCUCUAUGAUCCCUGACCGUAUGAUGACAUUAUAUUUCCGAUUUCAAUGAAAUAUUAUUGCAUUGUUACUAUCCCUUCCUAUACUUGAUCUUCUUAGUUUGACUGGAUUCGUCCUUCACAGGGACCGGGCAUUGGUGUUGAUGAAAUGAACUCCCCUGCACUAGUGAAUCUUUCUGGUUCUUCCUCAAAAAGGAGUAACGUGCCCAGGCCUUUUGGUUCAAUUGAUACUACGCACCUCGGUCAAGGUUCAGGAAGCAAAAAUACUUCAUCAGACAGUUGGAUUCCUACCUUACAGAGGAAUUCAUCUGCAAAAUGA